UGUCGGACUCACAACGGGUACUACAGUAACAACUUGGCUACAUUACCACCAUGUGUGACGACGAAGAUACAUGCGCGCUCGUUUGCGACAAUGGCUCCGGCAUGGUCAAGGCCGGCUUCGCCGGAGACGACGCCCCUCGUGCCGUGUUUCCCUCCAUCGUCGGCCGCGCUCGUCACCAGGGUGUGAUGGUCGGUAUGGGUCAGAAGGACGCCUACGUCGGUGAUGAGGCUCAGAGUAAGAGAGGUAUCCUGACUCUCAAGUACCCCAUUGAGCAUGGUAUCAUCACCAACUGGGACGACAUGGAGAAAAUUUGGUACCACACCUUCUACAAUGAACUCCGUGUUGCUCCUGAGGAGUCCCCCACACUUCUCACUGAGGCUCCCCUCAACCCCAAGGCCAACCGUGAGAAGAUGACUCAGAUCAUGUUCGAGUCCUUCAGUCUUCCUGCCACAUACAUUACUAUCCAGGCUGUGCUGUCCCUCUACGCCUCUGGCCGUACCACUGGUCAGGUUUGCGACUCUGGUGAUGGUGUGACCCACAUGGUCCCCGUGUAUGAAGGUUUCGCUCUUCCUCAUGCUAUCCUUCGUCUGGAUCUUGCUGGUCGUGACCUUACCAACUACCUGAUGAAGAUCUUGACUGAACGUGGCUAUUCUUUCACCACCACCGCUGAACGUGAAAUCGUUCGUGACAUCAAGGAGAAACUCUGCUACAUUGCCCUCGACUUCGACAAUGAGAUGAACGUUGCCGCUGCGUCUACUUCUCUGGACAAGUCCUAUGAGCUUCCCGAUGGCCAGGUCAUUACCAUUGGCAACGAACGUUUCCGUUGUCCCGAGGCUCUGUUCCAGCCUUCCUUCCUUGGUAUGGAAUCUGCUGGUGUUCAGGAGACUGUUCACAGCUCCAUCAUGAGGUGCGACAUUGACAUCAGGAAGGAUCUGUUCGCCAACAUCGUCAUGUCUGGUGGUACCACCAUGUACCCUGGUAUUGCUGACCGCAUGCAGAAAGAAAUCACAACUCUGGCUCCUUCCACCAUCAAGAUCAAGAUCAUUGCUCCUCCCGAGCGUAAAUACUCUGUGUGGAUCGGCGGUUCCAUCCUGGCCUCUCUAUCCACCUUCCAGGCAAUGUGGAUUACAAAGGAAGAAUACGAAGAGUCUGGCCCCGGCAUCGUCCACCGCAAAUGUUUCUAA